GUGUUAAUCAAAAAAUCAGUGAGGAGGCAGACUCAGUUGGAAUUCCAUCCUGAUUUCGUAUCCACACCGGAAGUGAUUGUGUAGAUCCAGAUUAGAUAGACUUUCCCAAGAUGGCAUCCAACAGUCGCAAAAUGACCGAGAUCCUGCAGGAGACCGAACGGGUGGCGGAUCAGGUUCUGAUGCGGAAGCAGGAACUAAUAGCGCUGGACAAACGCCGGCAGGAAACGCGGGAAGCGAUUCGAACCAUCCGGAAGAGUUUUCCUCAGGAAGAUUCCAAACUUUGGAUUACCGUUGGCUCGAUGUUGAUGAAGCAAAAGCAACCGAAAGCGCUGGAACUGCUGCAGAAGGAUGCCGAUCAGAUUGAGGAGGAAAUCAAGCGGAUUCGGACCGAGCAGAAACUGUUGAUUAGCCGGCAACGUGAUCUGGAACAUGAAAGUCCGCUUCGAGGAUUCGAUUUGAAGCCCAUGAGUGCGGCUGAGAUUAACGCGAUCCGGUCAAAUUUGCCGCAAUUCUAGGGGCAGGGGGGAUUGUGGAACAGUAGGGAAGGGGACAAGGGAUCUCACGAAUCGGUAUUCCACUGCACUGGUAGAUUUAAGUUUAAUGAUAUUGUAAUAAAUAGGACAUUCAGUUAUCUCUAUGACUUUCUA